AUGGCAAUUAUAGGUUACGAGAAUCAAUUCGCAAUGAUUCGCGCUCCUGAUGCUGUUACAUAUGGAGUACCAUAUGAUUACACGUCUAUUAUGCACUAUGAAAAAGACGCAUUUGCAAAACCUCGUACGAACUCAAUGGAGCCAAAGGAUCGAACCUAUCUGGACAUCAUUGGAAAAGCGAAAGAGCCAUCAAGAAAUGAUUGGAAAAAGGUUUGCAUGAUUUACAGCUGCAAAGUGUGUAUGGGUGAGAAUAUGGAACAAUAUCAAGCAACAGUAAAAACAGUCACACCCACAACUACUCGGAGUUACGUUUCAGGUACACAUGCUUCUCAGGAAUUUUUUCACGUAUCAAGGUCAAGAGAUUAG